CGCCGCGCCUGCGCACUGGCCCCGCCGGCUCAGCUUCGGCAGAAUCAUCAUGGCGGAGCCGCGAGACAAGGCGCUGCAGGACUACCGCAAGAAGCUGCUGGAGCACAAGGAGAUCGACGGGCGCCUCAAGGAGCUGAGGGAGCAGCUGAAGGAACUGACGAAGCAGUAUGAAAAAUCUGAGAAUGACCUCAAGGCUCUGCAAAGCGUCGGCCAGAUCGUCGGUGAGGUUCCCAGAACAGGCUGGACAUGAAAGAGAAUCAUUGUCAAAGCCACAAAUGGACCAAGAUACGUCGUUGGCUGCCGGCGUCAGCUCGAUAAAAGUAAGCUGAAGCCGGGGACGAGAGUUGCCCUAGACAUGACCACGCUGACUAUUAUGAGAUAUUUGCCAAGGGAAGUUGAUCCAUUGGUUUACAACAUGUCCCACGAAGAUCCUGGGAACGUCUCUUAUUCUGAGAUUGGAGGGCUGUCGGAACAAAUCCGGGAACUAAGAGAGGUUAUAGAAUUGCCUCUGACAAACCCAGAGUUAUUCCAGCGGGUGGGGAUCAUCCCCCCCAAAGGCUGUUUGCUGUAUGGCCCCCCAGGUACUGGAAAAACUCUCCUGGCCAGAGCGGUCGCCAGCCAACUGGACUGCAAUUUCUUAAAGGUUGUGUCAAGUUCCAUUGUGGACAAGUACAUCGGCGAAAGCGCCCGGUUGAUCCGAGAGAUGUUCAACUACGCCAGGGACCACCAGCCUUGCAUCAUUUUCAUGGAUGAAAUUGACGCUAUCGGUGGCCGCCGUUUUUCCGAGGGAACUUCCGCUGAUAGAGAAAUCCAGAGGACUCUAAUGGAGGUAACGUUUCCCUGGCUUUUGGCUGACCUGCCAGCCCCCGUCCCUCUUGCCUUCUGUGAAGAACCACAGAUUCUGAGGUUGCAGCACCGUCAAGAGUUGCACACGACAGAAGUUAGCACUGGCAGAGAAUCCGCCGACGUGGAUCAUACGCAGCUGACUUGGUGUGCGUGUGCCACGGUCCAGGUGCUCGGGAGCAAUAGCUGCAGCGCCAGCUGCUUCUACAUCCUUGCAGGAAUGUCCCGGGCCAAAGUUGGCACCCUCCGACUCCCGACUCUCCUGGCAAGCGCUCCCCUUAGAAUCGAUAGAACGACAGAGGCGCGCAACGAGCGGGCGAUGGCCACGCCCUCUCCCCCAGCCGGGCCCCGCGGACACACCCCCUCGGAGCCGGGGCUUACGCCUGAUGCCUCUGGACUCCCUGUCCGGCGUGAGGCCCCGCCCCCCUCCCCCAGCGGCUGGCGGGCGACGGUUGGCGGCGGCGGUUGGGGCGGGGCCAGCGCGGCGGUUGGGAGCGUCGCGAGCGGCCGGGGAGUGACCGCCGGGCCUGAGGGGAGGGGCCGCCGGGCCAGCAGCAUGGCGCCUGGGUGCGAGCCGCCGCCGCCACCGCCGCCUCAGCCGCCCGCCGCCAUCGCCUCAGCGCCGGGGCUCUUCCGCCGCCUCGUCCUGCCGGCCUGA